AUGGUUUUACCCACUGAAAACAGUUCACCAAGAAGCAGCAAAAAACCCCAUCUUUUAAAACCUUGUAACAACACUUCCAUUGAUGGAUCUGAAACUCCUCAAAAUCGUUCAGCUCCUUCUCCUCCUGAAUUAAAGUUUCUGUCUUUCAGUGUCUCCUUCAAUGGGUGGAGGUUUCCAAACAAAAAUUUCAAGUCUUGGGCUAGAAAAAUGGCUGCUUUACACGAACCCAUUUGGAGAAAAGCUGGCAUUUUCGAAGCCGUCACAGCAUCCACAUACAAAAUCAACCCAAACACAGAGCUCGUUCUGGGUAUUGCUGAGAAAUGGUGUCCUGACACCAAAACCUUUGUUUUCCCUUGGGGUGAAACAACCAUAACACUUGAAGAUGUUAUGUUGCUUUUAGGGUUCUCUGUUUUAGGUUCACCGGUUUUUGUAACUCUGGAUAGCUCAGGAGAGAUUAUUAGGGAGAAGCUGGAGAAAGAAUGGAAGAAGGUUAAGAAAGAUAAAGGCAAUGCAACCCAAAGAACAUGGAAGGAGAGAUUCAUGGACAGUGGUGAUGAGCUUGAGCAUGUGGCUUUCUUAGUGUUGUGGCUUAGCUACUUUGUUUUUCCAUCGCGCUAUUAUCAUAUCUAUGGAGCUAUUCUGCCCAUUGCUGUUCAUCUUUCAAGCGACAAUGAUGAAGUAGAUGGUAGACUCACCAUUGCUCAAAUGGUGGGACCUAGUAAGAAGAAAUAUAGUGAUGUUAAGAAUGGUGGACGAGAUACCUCUGAACCGCUUGGUAAAAAAUGUAGAGUUGAGGUGGAUAACAAUGAUUCGGGCCCUUGUCAAAAGCUUGCUUCGACAAGUUAUGAUGGAAAUGAAACUGUACCGCCAUCAGAAAUAGAGAAAAAGAAUGAAGCCACUGAUGAAACUGGAAGCAAAGCAGGUAAGAAUGUUGUGUCACCACCAGAGACAAGGAAAACCUGUGAUGGUGAGCUUGAUGCAAGUAAAAGUAAUGCUGAUAUGAUCAAUGAUGGCAGCAAGCAACCAAAGUGUUUGCUCCACGAAGAUGGUAUCAUAGCAGGAGAAAAGGCAAGUUCAGAUGAGAAAUUGUGCGGUAGUGAAGCUGCAAAGGAAGAUGAUAUUGUUGAUGAUGACAUUAUGAUUAACAACAAUGAACCAGUCUCUCAUCAACAGCAUGCUUCUGGAGGCACUAAAGGAGAUGAAACAAGCAGAGCAUAUGAGAGUGUGGUUCUGAGCCCAUCUGAUGAGUCAAACAUUCACAUCGCUGUAGCGGAAGGAAGUCAGGGACAUGAGCAAAGGUGCGAAGAGAAUGGUGAAGAAGAAGCUGGAAGCAAAGGAGGGAAUAAUACGGUUCUGAGCCCAUUUGAUGAAAACAACUUUUCAGAUCCUCCUUUUGGUGCUAAUGACACUGUUGUGUCUCCACGAGAGACAAGAAAAACCUGUCAUGAUGAGCUUAAUGUAUAUGAAAGCAAUGAAGAUAUAAUCAAUGAUGGCAGCAAGGAGCCAGACUGUUUGCUCCAUGAAGAUGGUAGCAUAGCAGGAGAAAAGACGAGCUCAGAUGAGAAUUUCUGCAGUAGUGAAGCUGAGAAGCAAGAAGAGUCAAACAUUCACAUCACUGUAGCUGUAGGGGAAGGAAAUCAAGGACAAGGCUGUUUGCUUCAUGAUAAUGUCCUCGAGAGUGAUGAAACUUUGAAAUCCAAUGAGGUAAACGAAAAAAGGAACAAGGAUUUUGGUGAGGGUGAUGAUUGCAAUGACUCUUACGGAAAGAAAUUUCAAGAGCUGAAGGUUGAGGCAUUGUCGAUAAAGGAGCGUAUUCUUAAGGCACAAGAAACUGUGACAUGGUUGAAGAAAAGGAGAGCCACAAAACAGAGAGAAAUAGCAGUAGCUCGUUUGGUUUAGGUGUGUUCUAUAUUGUUUUUGGCUGUCAAAUACAAGUAGAGUAUCACAGAUCAAUCUAACCCUUGUGAUCUUUUGGUUUAUUAUCUUUUUAUAUUCCUGC